UAGAAGUGUGGCGCGAUAUGCUCGAUAGCAUGGCUCAAAAUAGCAAGAGCAUACGCUGUUUAGUGACAGGUUUGGUUCUGUGUGUGUUUAUUUCGAAUUUUGUUGUUAAGGCACAAUGGGUCGUUGACGAUGAAGGAUGCUUUACUCCAGACGGAGCUUCAGGCGACUGCAUAGGGAUAAAACAAUGCAAACCCAUCAUAGAUUUCCUUGCCAGAGCACCCAAACCUUUAUCAGAGCCAGUUAAGAAGAAACUCAAUUCGUACACUUGUAGCUACGAGGCGAACACAGUUAAAGUAUGUUGCCCGGAUACGCCCAUCAAAAUUGAUGAUAAAAUUCCACCAGAAAGUCUACAAAAUACGGAACCUCAACCUCCGGAUGUUUCCAACCACAGGAAUUACAAUUUGUUGCCAAAGGAUUGCGGAUAUAUACCUUCAGAUCAGAAAAUUAUAAACGGACAAAAUGCUUCUUUGAAUGAGUUCCCCUGGAUGGCUCUUCUGUCAUACAACACAAAAAAUGGUCCUCAGUUUAGAUGUGGAGGAACAAUCAUAAACAAGAAAUGGAUCUUGACUGCGGCACACUGCGUGUCUAAUUUGAAGGAACCACUACUGGGCGUUCGUGUAGGAGAACACAACAUCCUUACCAAAACGGACUGCGAAACCUUAGAAGAUGGUAGCACCAGGUGUGCAGAUCCAGUGCAGGACUUGGCCAUCGAGAAGGUCAUCCCCCAUCCAAACUUUAAUAUAUCAGUCAUAAGUAAUGACAUUGCGCUGCUGAAAGUCAGCACAAUGAAUUUAAGUGUUGGUCGGACCAGUUCCAUUCUGCAGAAGGUAACCAUAGACGUAAUAGUCCGAGAUCAAUGCCAAACCGCCUAUAAGAAAAGCACUAACGUACAAUUAACUCAUAAGCAGCUCUGUGCGGGCGGAAAGAAGAGGCAAGAUUCCUGCUCCGGAGACAGUGGCGGCCCCUUGCAUGUGGCAAGUUACCUAAGCGAAGAAACUAGAUACGUGCAGCAGGGAAUCGUGUCUUUCGGACCGAGAGAGUGUGGUCUGGAAAAUUUUCCUGGGGUGUACACUAAAAUAGCGUACUACAUGGACUGGAUUCUCGACAAUAUUACGCCUUGAGCGCCUAGAAGACUGGUUUAGAUUUUAGCCUACAAUGCUACAGUUGGACUGAGAUAUAUGAACUUUAAUUUUUAAUCAACUUUAUGACAAAUAAAAGAGAAAGUGUAAUUAAUUAAGUGACAAGUUUACUUUUCAAGAGAUUUUAAAACUGAUAUUUGAAUUAGUUUUGAAGCUUAUAAAUAUUUUUUAUAAGAUGCAAUUUACAAGUAGUUUCAAAAUUAACUGUUUUUUUGUAACUUGCCGUUUCUGAAUUCCUACAUUGUGAUACUGUUUUGGAUUGCGUUAGAAUAAUUAUUGUAUAUGGGGCAUUCUACGCCAAAUCGACCACUUUUAACCCUGACCCCUUUCGAAUUGGCUGAAACUUUUUCAUUGUUUUCUACCCCAUUAACAA